UUUGGCGCUCUUUCGCGCUCCCGGUUUGCUUUGCGCCGUCUUCUUUUGUUCUUUUUUCGUCGUCUGCUUUUAUUGAUAGGCGCCGGGGAGGUUACACGUGCUGCUUGUUUUCGUUUGACAUUUUGACCGAUUUCCCGCGUCGAUCUUGAUAUUUGUUCUGUGGGUGCAUGUCCUUGAUCGACGUGGUUGCACAGUGUAACCGGUAUCGGAAAUCGGUUUUGUUUGUCGACUGAGGAUCAACUAUGGCAAGGACCAAACAAACUAGAAGGAAGAGGAAGCCCCUUUGUCCUCCAGCCAAUGUCCCUCCAGUGAAGAGGAAUGGAGCUCCCAAGAAAACUCAGAAACUCUUGAAAACUGCUUCACCAAAUUGUACUUCAACUCAUUCCUGGGCUGUUAAGGACAUGGAAGUGAUGGAAGUGGACAAGUUGAUCUUUCCCCUCGAGCCUUAUAUGUCUCAACAGCACAAGAAAAUAAGAGAAAUUUGGAUGAAUGGUGAGAAAUAUGACGAUAAUGUCUUCAAUGUGGAUUCGGCACCAUUCAAGCACUGUGUUGUUAAGAAAAUGUUGAGAUAUAACUCACAUCUCGAUGACGUUUGCAAAGAACUUCUUAAACUGCCUUAUAACCUGAUGUUAAAUGACUUGUAUUCAUGCCAGCAGUCUUGUGUAGCAGAGGCAAAUAAUUCUCAUCCUGCUAUUAAUGCUAUUGUAAAGUUAAUCAAAGGACCAUUACGAGCAUUUGUUCAGAGAGUUACUGGAAAAAAGUUUUCUGACAAGAUGACUAUAACAGCAUCACAAUAUAAAUAUACUGACAGGCUGCUUUGUCAUGAUGACAAUCUUCAUGACCGUAGUGUGGCAUUCAUUUUCUACCUCUGUAAGGAUUGGCAUGAGAAGGAUGGAGGUUCUCUUGAUUUAUUUGACUGUGAUUCUGAGAAUCAACCAAGAGAUGUAGUUAAAUCUAUUUUCCCUGCAUAUGGGUCAUUUGCCUUUUUUGAAGUGACUCACAAUUCUUACCAUCAAGUAUCGGAGAUUAUCAAUCCAAAAUCUGUUCGCCUGUCAAUCAAUGGUUGGUAUCAUGGAGAGGCGUUGCCCGAACAAGUAGUGUGGCAUGCCCCCUUGCCCAAAAUGCUUACCCCUAUCAAUCCUCGAGAUGUCUCUUUAGAUAAGUUUGUCAAUUCCACUUGGCUGGACCCUAAGACACACGCUCAAGUGAAACCUUCGUUUGAAAGAGAGUUGAGCAUCAGCCUUCCAAAUUUUUUAAAACCUGAAGUAUUUGAAGAAGUAUCAAACGCUCUGACCAAUUUAAAAAUCAAAUGGGAAGCAUGUGGACCUGCCAACCAUAGAAGAUAUCAUGUAGCAAAGCCUUCGAGCUUGCCAGUGGUUGUCUCUCAAUUUCUCAAGCUUCUUCAGUCUAAACUUUGGUUUUGGUUUCUGUCAGAGUGUACUGUGGAUAUUGACCCAGACUCUAGGUCAACUCCAAAGUGUUGGUUUGAGGUGCAGCGGUGGCAGGCAGGAGACUACACUGUGCUGGUAGACGAUGAUCCACUUAACAACAUGACUGGCAUUGAUGUCCAUUUGUACUUCGGUGUCGAACAUCAGAAACAUGGGGGAGAAGUUUAUUACCUAGGGCCUGAUCGGGAUGAUGAGGGUAAUCUGGAGGAAGCCUUCCACCUUGAGCCAGAAAAUAAUACUGCGACUAUGGUAGCUCACAUAGAAGGGAUGGCAGUAUUGACAAAGUACUUGGACCAUCGAAACAAGCCCUUCUUUAAAAUAUGUGCUAGAUAUUCUCAGAGUUUAGAUUAAACUGUUUAAGAAUUUUUGUAUGAUGUCAGUGAAUUUUGUGAUAGUUUGAAAGAUUAAAAGGAUAAUGAGGAGACAUUAA